CCAGUUUCGCGCGCAUGCGUAGAUCGGGUAACUAUACAGACAAGUCGCUACUCGCAAUUGAAGUAAAUAGAAUUCGUUCACUUCUCAGAUAACUCAUCCAGCUUUUAAUACGCACUAAAAAAUUAAUAUAAUAUUUUAUCGGGUUCAGUUAUGAUACUGAAUUGCAUUUCAUAAAUACAUUGCACCCUAAACUGAGUCUUUUUUUUCCAGCCGUGUCGAAUGUGCGGAAGGCGAAACCCGCGCCAUUCCUAACGCCCACUUCACCAAUUAGCGGCAACUGAGCAGUUAAGCCGGCAAAAACAAACCGAAAACGCAAAGCUCGAGGGACGUGAAGCCCGAAGAAGAAGUCCGACUGCAGCAAGCCGCGGAUCGCAGGCCCUCUGAACACCUUUCCUGGCCGACCUCCUGGUUGUACCGAUGGCUACAGGAGAUCUGAAAGGCUGUCUGCGCAAACUCGACCAGCUGCUCCGCUCCAUUAACUAUUCUAGAGAGGUGGACUACCCUGGGUUGGCAAGAGGAGAUCCAGUGUCCGUUCUGCCCAUCAUCAGCUACGCUUUCAAUUCCUUUUCUUUGCUCUUGGCUGAGCAUUUUGUGGAGUGUGGAGUCGAACUCACCGGAAAAAAUGACCUGCGCUUAGUUGAGGGCGUCUAUAAGGUGCUACGGGACCACUUUCACUAUAAACCAGUCUUAUCAAAGCAGCAGUUUCUCCAGAGUGGAUAUGCAGAAAGGAGAAUCGCGAUAACCUGUGACAUCAUCACCUACCUGAUCAAUAAGCACAAGGAAUUAUCCAAAUCCCAGCUGAAGAAGAGACUUCCAAGUGUGCCCAGCAGUGCCCCAUCACAAGGUGGGCAUGAGAGGCUCUUCCCUGACCUCCCUUACAAGACCAAACCUUUAGUGGAAAAACAUGUGGUUGGCUUUGUAGACAGUCGCCCCCGUUCACCUUCGUCACAUUGUGACAGCGAGUUUGUAGAUGAUGAUGAUGAUGAUUCCUUACUGCCGAGGCCGACUAAAGCUCCGUGCGUCCAGGAAGUGAGUGUGUGCCGCCCUGUACUGCGAUCUCAGUCUCUGGGGGUCGACGGCAUUGAACGUCCUGCUGGAUGCUUUACCUCAUCGGCUGAAUCUUCGCGCCUGACUGUACCUCCGCUCUGUGGUAGUGAAGUGACGGCGAUGGCUGAAGAUACGCAGCUCCAGGAUUUGCGACAGCAGCUCUCGGAGUGUCAAGAGAAGAUACAGAAGUUGUCUGUGAUGGAGGAAAGGCUAUGGGUCGUCGAGGAAGAGAUGAAAGGAAAAGUGAUAAUAGACAGGCUGGAGUGGGACAACCUGGUGAGCCGACUUGUGCUCCUGGAAACAGAGUGGAUUCUCAGCUCCACGAAGAACGAUUCGUCCCUAAACAGAGUGACAGGAAGUCCCACCUUACCUCCUGAAGCUGAACUGGACCAGGACACCACUUUGGACUCGAGAUCCAAGACGCCAGAGAGCCGUCAUCAUAACUCAAGUGGAUACGACUCAAUCCUCUCCACAGACGCAGCUCACAUCAAUUCUCUUGUUUUGACAGAAGUUUCAAAGGCCUGCGCCAAAGAGCCGCUCUCUCAAAGCUCUUCACGUGGAGCGUCGGCCUCCCUGUCUCUGGUGCAGAGCCAUGCCAGGGAGCGGCUGCACAGGAUCGGACAUCUGAUGAAGGAGACUGCAGAGCUGCUGAAGUGUGACGUGGAGCCAUCUUAGGGACCACAAGGAUCAAACGAACGGCUGCCCUCCUCAGUUUGUGCGAUUAAAAUACGCGGUGGUGCAAAGUG